GUCCAGAAAUGGUCUGCCCACGACCUGAACGAAUGCAAGAGGAUUUGCACUGGAAAGUGCCAAGCCGUGCAGUGGGUUUCCAGCUCCCACCUUUGUGAGUUAUGGAAUGUGCCUGUGGUGCACAGCAUGUCGCAACAGGGGGCUGAGUGCUAUGCCAAAAGCUCUGAUGCCACCAAGAUCUCAGAUGCUUUGAUGCCCAAGGACACCACCUGCUUGUCGAUGACCUCCGCCUGUUCCUCCGCGGACGCACGGGUCGGUUGUCUGAUGAACAAAGACUCCGCAGGGCCAUGUGUCUGGUGCGGUGGUGCAGCUUGCAACGAUCAGAGCCAAGCCGUCUGCGAAUCCUUUGGAUUGUGGAAGGCAGGUGGUUCUAUGGCAGUCGUCAGGAGCGGCGCUGGAGUUGGUGAUACCGAAGUUGCUCAGUGUGAGGCUGGAAAGCCCGCAGUGGUGAAGGUGAAACAUGAAUCCUGGCAGGCAACGGCGCCCAGCCCAAAGGAGCUGGAGCUGUUGACGCCAGCAGAUGGAGGCUGCAGCAGUUUGACCAGCAAGGAGGAUUGCCUCAGCAGCAAGGACGCCAGUGUGGCCACCAAGAAACACUUCAAGGCCGCGGCCCGGGGCCGAGGUGGCCGGGAUGAAACAUUUGAUGUCACGGUUUCUGGUGAAGCGUGCGUGUGGUGCGGCGGCAUCGCAUGCACCUCCGAGGAUGAUGCGAAGUGUGGACCCUUUGACUAUGUGAUGCACGGAGAAGGGAUUGCCUUUGACCUCUUUCACGCGAAGCACGUGUACGAGGUUGCAGGGCGCUCCUCCUCUGUGAAGCGUGCGGAUUGGAAGGGUGACUGUCUGGAGAAAGCAUCCCAAGGGUGCCCUUCCCUGAAGGACGAGUACAGCUGUUUGGCCAGUGUGGAUGGCCGUAGCGAGGAUCCCUAUCACAAAGGUCUCAAGGUGGCUGGGGAGCCCUGCGUUUGGUGCAACGGCGCGGUGUGUCACAAUAAUGGCACCAACCGGUGCGAGGUUUACGACGUGCAAGUGCAUGGCAAGGGAAAGGUCUUCAACCACAGCCUUUCGACAGGCCAUGACCUCGCUGGGGAACUGUGA